AUGAUAUCUCGCAUAGAUAGCCAUUCAACCAAUGCACAAGUUUCUGGUUCUUGCUGCUAUAUUCGUAGCUCUCUUUUACCUAGUACGAACAACUCAAACGACGAUUCUUUGGUUUAUACAACCAGUUCCAGAAUGUCCAUUGAUGAAGCAGGUGGAUCAACAAGCAUAUCAUUAUUUAUAUUAAGCAGCAGCUUAUAUUGCAGCAUAUAUGUAUCCCCACUAUGCCAGCUAAAUACCUUGAUGGAAGCACUAGAAUUUGUUGUUAGUCAUACGUAUAUGCAUAUAACCAUUGCUGGUGACUUUAAUGUUGAUUUCACAAAAGAAUCGAUCAAGAAAAUGACGUUACUUCAAUUUAUGAAUAACAGAAAUAUGACUACUACGCUCCCUAACACUAUUCAAUCAACAACAAGCCAGAAUACUCUCAUUGACAACAUCUUUUCAACUAUGCCAGUGCUGGAUUCAGGAAGAUACAUAUCUUUGACCAGUUAUCAUUCUCCUUUGUGGGCAAAAUUUAUGUAA